AUGGGUAAAAGCAAAAAAGAAAAUGCUUCUUUUAAAAAAAAAACUAAUUUAUUUAAUCCAAUUCAAAUAAAGGAAGGGGAAUUGCUAACGGAUAAAAGUGGGAAAAAAUGGAAAACUGGUAAAGCUAUAGGAGCUGGAGGUUUCGGAGAAAUUUACCUAGUAUUCGAUGAAAUUCUUAAAUCUGGAUCACAUGAUGCUCUUUACAUAGCUAAAAUUGAGCCUCACAAAAGUGGUCCUCUUUUUGUGGAAAUGAAUUUUUACAUUAGAGUAGCAAAGCAAGAAAUGAUUGAUAAGUGGAAAAAAGAUAAAAAAUUAAAACAUUUAGGAAUGCCCAAUUACAUUGCUUUUGGGUCUCAUCAAUAUAGAAAUGAAAAAUAUAGGUUUCUUAUAUUAAAAAAAUUUGGUCAAGACCUUAGCAAAAUAUUUCAAAAAUGUAAAAAAAAAUUUCAUAUAAAGACUGUUUUCACUCUUGGAUUACAAAUACUAGAUAUACUAGAAUAUAUUCACAGCCAUGGAUACAUUCAUGCAGACAUUAAAGAUUCAAAUUUACUCCUAGGAAGUGACAAAAAUGAUGAAAAUGUUUAUUUAUUAGACUAUGGAUUAGCAUGCAAAUAUGUUGACAGUCUGGGUGUACAUAAAGAGUAUAAUCCUGAUCAGAGAAAGGCACAUGAUGGCACUCUUCAAUAUACAUCACGUGAUGCUCAUGUCGGAGCUCAUUCAAGAAGAAGUGAUUUAGAAGGCCUGGCUUACAAUAUGAUUCAUUGGUUAUGUGGAUUUUUACCCUGGGAAAGUGAGCUUUCUGAUCCUGAGAAAGUGGCACAAGAAAAAGAAAGUUACAUGAAUAACAUCCCUUUGUUUCUUAAAAAAUGUUUUGGCGAUGAUCCUCCAGUUGUAUUGAGUCAUUUUUUAAAAUAUGUAGUCAGCUUGAGUUUUAAAAGCAAACCUGAUUAUGAAUAUUGUAAAUCAUUAUUACGUCAGGGCAUUCGUCAAUACGGUUACGCUGAUGACGGAAAAUUAAACUUUGAUUCCCCACCUGUGAAAUUGAAAAGUAGAAAGAGAAUAAGGGAAUCAGAUACCGAAAAUUGGGUUGAAUUAAAACCUAUUAAAAUACCUCGAAAUAUGUCGCGUCAACCCUGUGUUCCCGUUCAGGCUGAAUUCAAUAGAAUUACUAGGCAACAAACAGCAGCAAAUUUUCCGGCUUUGAGGUCUAGAGAAACUUUUGACUGGGUUAAAGUACUUCAAUCGAAUCCUGAAAAAAUUUUAAAAACACAUAUCACAUCAAACAACCAUUUAAAAAAAAAUAAAAUGGGAAAACAGCAAAAAGAUAAACCAAAAUAUGAAGUCAAAGAAAUAAACUUGAAAAAAGAAAAAGCGAAUCCUCUUGAAAAUCCAACUCCAGCAAUUUUAGCAGUUUUAAAGCUUCGUAAUGUAAUGUCUCCCCUAAAUGUGGGAAAAAAGGUAAAAAAUGAUAAUAAUAACUGGAAUUCCACAUUAUAUAAUAAAAAUUAUUUAACACCUGCAAUGGAAGAAGUUAUAAGUAAAAGAGAAUUCAAUUUGUCCAAAACUAAAAUGGAAAAUAAGCAGUUUACUUCGACAGUGGCAAAUCACUAG